UUAUGUCAUCAAUGGAGACGCAUAUUUCAAAAUGUAUAAUAUGUCUCCAUGAUGAUGACAUAAUAUCAAUGUAUAAAGUCAGUUGGAAACUUUUUGGAAAAGUAUUGUAUCUAGGUUGUUUUUAGAUUUGGAUGUCACCUGUUCUGUCACUUUGAUGUGCCUCCUCUAGUUCCUCAGGGUGACCUUUGACCCAGAGACAGGUCUCCUCAGCAGCCUCAGUAACCUGGAGACACAACAGACUGUCAAACUGUCACAGAACUUCUACUGGUACAAUGCCAGUGAUGGUAAAAACUCAGAGAGUAUUCAGAUGUCAGGGGCCUACAUCUUCAGACCUAACACCUCUACCCCCUUCAUCAUCAGCAAGACGGCUAAGAUAGAAACACUACAGAACUCCGUGGUGCAGGAGGUGAGACAGUGGUUUAGUCCCUGGGUCUCUCAGGUGGUCCGUCUGUACACAGACAGCAGGGCUGUGGAACUGGAGUGGACUGUGGGCCCUGUGCCUAUAGGUGAUGACCUGGGUAAAGAGGUGAUAAGUCGUCUAGACAGCAGCAUCAACUCCUCUGGUGUCUUCUACACUGACUCUAAUGGCAGAGAGAUGCUGCAGAGACGGAAAGACUACCGUCCCACAUGGAACCUGAGACAGUCUGAGCCAAUCGCUGGAAACUACUAUCCAAUCAACUCUAGAGCUUACAUUAAGGAUGACAAGGACCAGCUGACUGUAGUGACCGACCGCUCUCAGGGAGGAGGCAGCAUCCAGGAUGGAUCACUGGAGAUCAUGCUCCACCGUAGGUUGCUGUACGAUGACGUCCGGGGUGUAGGUGAGCCCUCAACGAGACGUCUGACAUUUACCCAGAAGGCCUGGUGGUCCGUGGUCGCCUCCUCCUCUCCCUCAGCCCCCUGCCACGGCCGCUGACACACACCGCCCCUA